UCUCAUUUCUCUAGCAGAGGGACAAGACAGCUAGUCAAAAUUUGCUAGAAUCACUGAGCAGGGACCUCCGAAUAUUUAGGAAAUAGCGAUCAGAUAGUGUUCAAUCAUGCUUCUGCAGGUCUCCCAGCAAGUUUUAAGGAAGACCACAAGAAAGACUUUACCAAAAAUCUUAAUUUUAGAAGGAAAAGUAACCAAAUAAGCUUUGAAACUCCAGCUAAGAAACCGAGGAAAGUGACAAGGAUUCGAAAAUAAAGACUCAAGUCAUGUUAAAACACCAGGCCAGAUGAAAUACUCGCCUAAUUCAAAGAAGAGGAUGUCAAGAAAUAAAACAGGGCAAUACUAUUUUAAAUCUAAAUAAAUCGUUAAAACAUCAGAAACCUCCUGAAGGGCUUAAUUCAGUCCAAGAACGCUUGACUGCUUUGAACGCUGUUUCAAACAAGAAAUUACAGGAGAAAUUAGACUUAAUGAUUACUCCUUACAACAGUGGGCUGAUUUAUAAAAGACAUAUGGAAUUCUUGGAUCAUCCUACACAGUAUUAUGCUGAAUACGAUCACACAGCAAGGAGUUCAUCAGAGUGGAAACUACUCAGUAACUUCGUCCUGAAUGAAGAUAAGGAUACCUUUCGCAAAGCUUGUCAGAACAUUAACAAAGGCCUUUACAGUGAAAUAGAAAAAAUUUCAAAAUGGAUUAAAGACAAGGAGAACAAGUCUCAGAGUGACAAUGCCUCUGUUGGAAGAAUAUAAGGAAAGACAGCUCAACCCAGGUUAAGAGAUACAACACGCCUGGAAUUCAGAAAUUUAAAAGCAUCAUAAAUAAGGUCCUAGCUGGCCACAUAAUGCGGGUCCAGGACAAGCAGAUGAAAGAGAAGAUGGAAAGUCAGAAAUCAAUCCGAAAAUCCUCUGAUUGCUCCAAUCUCGGGACUGCAUUUGAGAUCCUUAAAUCAAAGAAAGAAAAAGAGAUGAAGCAAUCUAAGAAGGAUGGAUCAAAGAAAGAUGUGUUUAAUAUUGAAAAACUAUUCCGUCUUGCAACCAAGGCACGGAAGAAUAAGCAAAAAGAUGCCAGACACUCUUUGAUUAUGAGCGGUAGUUUUAUUCAGAACAGCUCUACCACAGCUCUAGGUGACUUUCCAAGCAGCUUUAAAGUUCCAAAGCCAAGUCGCAAAGCUCCCAUAAACUUUACAAAUGUUGAAAUUGAACAAAAAUGAGUUGAGAGGAAAUUCCCACAAGCUUUUAGCCAGAGUAUGACUUCAAGGGACUACAAAAGUGGAUUCAGCGCAAGGAAUUCCUCUCAGAAUGUGUCUCAAUGCAGCAUCUUAGUUAAAGACGAACUUCAGGACCAAAGAAAUGUUAACAAAAGCUGAAUAGAAACCAGUAGACCUGACUCUGUUCCUAGUGAAUUAUUAUGAAAAGAGAUUCAUAAAAGAGAACUGUUCAUGGUACGAUCAGGAAAACACAGAUCUGAGCUUGCCACUCCUGUCAAACUUUCUAAGUCAUAUAUCAGCUGUGAAAGUAUGUUAAGCGAGAUAGAAGAGAAAAAGCAUGAAAGGAAUUGAUCUCUCCCUAACUUAAUAAAUCCUCCCCAAAAUCUCAAAAUCCAAAAACAAAACUCACGUAAGCAUUCUAAGCUACUCAGAAACUCAAUCCUGGUUAAAUUUCUCCAAAAAUCCAAAAAUGCAAAUCAAAAGGCGAGUCCAAGAAGAUCGCUUGCUAUAGACGAAAUUGAUCUUCCAAGGUACUCUAUUUAUCCUAAACAACCAAUUAUCUAAUUUUGA